UUCUUAUUUAUUUAUUUUUUUUUUACAUUGUUUGCAAACUGAUAUGUGACACGUAUUAAUGCCAAAAUAACAUGCAAAACAGGCAAUCCCCCAAAACAUGUGGGGUUCAAAACAGGUGGGGCUCUGAAUAAUGGGUCGCCACUGGUCAGGCCACAUGUAAGACCAGAGUGCUUGUUACAGUGAGAUACUGUUCUAUUACUGGUACUGCAGCUAUAUUUUAUUUCUGCUUUACACCCUGUCCAGUAUUAUCCAUUAGAAGGCAAUGCAGUGUGUUUAUAUGAGACACACAUUGCUCCAUCAAGCAAAGUUUCACUUAAUUUCUAUUUCUACAUAAACACACAUCAAUCUCAUAGAUUUUCUGCAACCACAUCUAACUUGUCUUUCAACUUCUGUAAUCUACAUAAUUACUUGGCAUCAUGACUCACUUCAAAUGAAUUGUCAAAAUAAAAAUAUAUCAAUGAUAUAAAUCCUUUAAUUUGAAUUGGUUUGAUUUGAUGUAGAAAGAUGGACAGCUUUAUCUCACAGUCCUAUUAGCAGGACGAACUGUACAUGUGUGAUUGCAGGUGUGGGAGGAGACAUGAUUUCGCUAUUCAGGAAGUGCAAGCAGUGACAACACUUUUAUUUUAUUUAUUUUAUUCAACGAUGGAUGUACCACAAUUAGGGUAUGCUAUUAUGUCUAUUGUUGAUGUACUAAUUUAGGUGAAGUAGUCAUUUUCAUAUUUGCUUGUGGCUAGAUUUUGGAUGUCUGAUGUUCCGUCAUAUAGAAGAUGAUGAUUGAACAAUACUUUUGAAAUGACUGGCAUUACAUGAUUUCAACAUAGAACCACAGGAUUUGUAAGCACAUUUAAAUUUCAACACUUGCAGAGUUUUGACUCUCUUGCACAUUUUGAGAUGACCACUGAACUGUGGUUAAGCAUAAACACAUUGAAGUUAACAUUUAGGACAGUUUCAAUUCGAGUCUACGUGACGUAUGAAAUCCGCCAUUAUGACUCAGCCAUGAACAUGUGCAUUUUUUCGGCAACAGACCCAUCCAUGACUGGAUAGCUCUUCAGAGGACACAUGAAAGUUUAAUUAUGGAAGCUGGGCAGUUGGCAGAACCCACCAGCACUGAUGAUAUGAUUAACCUGAGUUGCCUAUUGGCUGGGGGAAGCUAUGGUGCAUACCAGUUCGGCAAUACUUGUGUUAUAGACUCCAUUUUGGCUGGAAUUCAUGUUCUUGCCAAAAUGUAUCCCCAAAUUCGAGAUUUGUUCACGAGGGAUAACAAAAUCAAUGCGGUUAUACGUUUCCUAGACUUCGCCAAGGUCAAUGAGGCAAAGGCACUGUGGCUUAUUAACUUGAGCCUUCGUAAGGAAAAAAACCUCAUGCAAAAUGAAUUUGUAGAUAUCAGAGGUUAUGUUAGAGACCACUUGUCAAACUUCAUUGAACUGGUAUGUGCCAACUUCGACUAUGAUGACUCGCAAUCAAGCUCCACACCAUGUGACACAGUUCUCAACAACAUAUUGAGGAAGUUUGAGGAUUACGGUGAGGUAAAACCCUUAGGCACUUCUCGUCAUGAACCCAAACUCAUCCUGGUAGACAUUGAUGACCGGAUGUGUAUCCUACCUCCCCUCUCCAUCACUGAUGAUUAUGAAAGGACAUACGAGCUCCAGUUCCUCCUGAUGGGACAGAGUACAUCCCUGUCCAACCACAUGGUCCUGUUCCUGUGCACUCAGCUGACUGGCAGAUGGAUGAUCUAUGACAACAUGAAAACACCCCUGGUCCAGGACAUUGGUGUGAGUGAACUACAGAGAGCUACAGAGAGGGACAAGUAUGUUUCCUAUCUUGCUGCUUAUGUGAAGAAAGAAUAAUAAUAAGGCUGCUUCGGGAGUCAAGGGCAUCCUCUUUAGAUUUUAGUUCUGUAUUUCCGAGAUCCUGUCCCAACUACAACUAUUAGCAUUAUAAAAAAAUCCCCAUAAAAUUCUGUCAAUUUAAGAUAGAGAUGUUUUUUUGCAUUGGUGGUAAAGGGUAACAGAGCUUAGGCCAUGUUUGUCAGACCAUGAGACAUCCCGAAAAUCGGUCUUUUCACAAAAUCGUCUGUAGUGUUUGAACAGUUUAGCCUAUAAAACUAUUAUAACCCCUCUAUUGAAAGAUGAGACUCUCGCGUCUGAAGUUGGUACAGAAGUUGGUGCCAACAUCUGUCUGUAGUCUCCGAACAGUUUGGAGUACACACUAAUGCUUCUCUGUGGAAAGGUGACAUGCCUCACAAGACUCCUCUGAAGGUGUCCCGGUACCAGUUGAAAAAAUGAGUACAAGUACAACACUGUUCAAAAGUUUGGAGUCACUUAGACAUUUCCAUGUUUUUGAAAGAAACUUUU